UGUUUGAGAUAAAAUGACAGCAGGACGGAGAAGAAGAACGACGCUGGUCCAAUUUGAAAUUUGUUAAUAUAUUAAUAUACUUAAUAACUUAAUUUUUUGUGCAGUUAUGACACGAAAGGACCUUCGCUGUGUAUGCAGUUAACAAUCUAAGCACUUUUCUCUUUCUACGAAAAUAAACGGAUUUUGUCGAGAUUUAUUUCCUUGGGAUUGUAAUUUUGUUCUCGCGUGCCGUUUGCUGCAUUUAUGUAAAACAAAAUAAUAAAUAUUGCUGCUUCUGGGAACCUGUCAGUAAGGUAAAGGAUACAUCAGCCAAGAUUCUACCCUAUAAAGAAGCCGACAUUAUGAUUAUUGGGAAACACUCGUAACGAUCCUCUGAUGCUGAAGAAGGAGUAACGAGGCUUUUAUAUUUUUACUGUUUUUGUUUACUAAAGACGCAUUUUUAAUCACGGAUAUCCAUUUUUUAAUCAUUCCUUUGUGGUAAUUUUACAAGUAAAGAAAAUUUAAAAUCAACUCUCGUCUAUUUUGGGAAGGUCAAAGACGGGAAAAAAGGAUAACACUCAAAGAUGUCAGGCAGUAUUCCCGCAGACACGAUUAAUUUACGACUAAUUUUGGUGAGUGGAAAAACAAAAGAAUUCUUAUUUUCUCCGAAUGAUUCUGCAGCAGACAUUGCAAAGCAUGUUUAUGACAACUGGCCAAUGGAUUGGGAAGAAGAACAAGUCAGCAGCCCAAAUAUUUUGCGGCUUAUCUAUCAAGGCAGAUUUCUUCAUGGAAAUGUGACAUUAGGAGCAUUAAAACUACCCCUUGGCAAAACUACAGUGAUGCACUUAGUUGCAAGAGAGACAUUGCCAGAGCCAAAUUCACAAGGUCAAAGGAACCGUGAAAAGACCGGGGAAAGUAAUUGCUGUGUGAUUCUGUAAAAGAAAAUCAAGUCACAUCUGUUAAAUGUGACAUUAUCUAGUUUUUGUCUUUCAUGCUGCUGGAAUAAACAUAAACAACUUUGCUUUGAGGACAACAGAAGCAGUCUGCCUGUUUAAAAAAAAAUGAAACCAGAACUGGAUGAUUACACAGUGUCAUACUGCAAAUAUCAUUUUUGUUUCUUACCUGCUUUUUUAAGUCUGUUUACUUCUGCUAAUCUCACAAACUAAUUUGUAUGGAUGUUUGUAACAUUUUGUUUGACUUGUAAUGCAGUAAGAGUUUGCACAUGACAAGAUGGUUUUGCGUAUUACACGAUGGAUUCCUUCUGUAUGCCCCAUUGCUUUAAUAAAUUAGCUAGGAAGGAAUGCAGCUUUCAUCCCUUAAUUUAAAACUUGAAGAACAUUUAAUUGCGAAUGUGAAAUUGUAUUAUUUCCAUUUUUAUGGAGACCUUAAUACAGUAUAUUAGAGGUGGAAGUUAUUAAAAUUGUUAAUUCCAGUUUUCCAAAUGACUCGAUAUAUUUAACCACUAAAUUUAAAAUUUGUAAUGUGCCAGAACACACUUAUUUUGAGUGGUUAAAUCAGUGUAUUGUAUACACUGAAUUAUACAACAAUUCUGUGAUUAUUGCAAUCUUUGCAGUUCCUAGCCUUAAUAAACAUAAAGCAGAUGACAGUAACAGUCUGAAACGCUUUACAUUUUUGGUAAAGUGGUGGCCCAUUUUAUGUUAAGGUUAUCAUUUACAUUUGUCUGCACAUUGUUGGCCAGUGUUGUGUCUAAUCUUUAAUGAUUUCAAGUUAUUUGUUAACAGAGCAUCUAUGUUUGACACCCACAUUUCUCUUUCUUCAUGUAACCUUUUGUUGUUUGCGGCUGGAACUUGAUGGUAAAUUGGAAUACUGUAUCAAUCAUCUUUUAUUUCCUGUUGAUUUUGUCUGAUUUGUUACUUUACAAUGAUAUAGGCUUACAGAAAAGAAAAUUUGCACAGCACUGAAGCAUGAGCUACUUUCAUCUAAACCUGUAAAAAAAAUUAAUAGUUUUUAUAUUUUUUCAGUAGGAAGUGUUCUUCCUAACUGGGGUUACAUAUGUGUAGAAUAUAUUUAAUAUGAAUCUUAUAGUACAUGAAGAUAGAUCUUAUUGAUAUACAUCAGUGUGUAGUAUAGAAUAAUAACCUGUAUAAAUAACUUAUUACUUAUUAGCAGUUGAAGCAGUCACGGGUUGACAAUGUUUAUUAAAUUUAAUACAAGCAACCAUUAACGCUGAAUCAACUUAAAAUUAAUAUAUGUAUUUUUUUUCCCUAUUCCUCAUAAUUUACUGUAAUUUUUUUCUUUGUUUAUCUGUGGUCUUUGCUUUAAUUAAAUGCUUUAUAAUGCAGUAAGUCUUACAGAAUAUUCAUAUUGAUCAGGAAUAAAUUUGUAUAAAGCAAAAGUUUUAAAACUGUAAAUAGCACUAAACAUUUUCUUUCAGCAACCUGUACCAAUAGAUUACUUCUGUAAACUAAAUAAAGAAUAUUGCAGUGCU